AAAUAUACCAAUGGCUCUGUGGGUUCCACCUUGUCAUCCCUUUGGAAAGCAGCAGUCAGGGUGAUGAUGGCCUGCACGUGCGCUGGGAGCAAAGCAGAUGAGAGAGGUGGAUAAUGCUGGAACACCCAGCCUCAUUUGGUUUAUUCACUUAUUAAUUCAGUCAAUCAACAUUUCUUGAGUAUCCCUUAUGCGUUGGGCAUUGUGUUAGGUGUUGGGAUUGCGUGGAUGAAUAAAAUGCCACUGAUGCUUAGUGUUAAGAGACUUAGAACACUACUAUCAGGGAAAAUUCCCCUUAAAUACAGAAUAAUAGUGCUCUAUGGUCAAGGCAGUUGGUAGGGAUAGGCACAUAGACCAGGCAAAGCCUGAGCCCACCAGAACCAUUUGGAGUGCUUGGGAAAAGCCAGAGUGCUAGGCCCCACUCCUCGAUCCCUAAUUCCAUAGAUAGAGCUCGAGAAUUUGCAUUUCCUCCAAGCUCUGGGAUUAGUAAGAGUUGCCCAAGGCUGCAGAUGGAGAAUGGAUUUUAGACCAGGAGAAAAUCUUCCAUCUUACGAAUAUGAAGGGAAGAAUUAUGUACACUUUGGGACUCCUUUGGGUUAUGAGACACAUCUAGCCAAGCAGGAUUGCCCUGGUCCCUAAGAGAAGUAAUUCUGUAGGUCACACUAUCCAUUCUGGAGUGUCUCCAUGGGUCUAUGGCUGUGCAGGGUAAAAUUACAAAGUCUUGAGUAUGGAAGAGAUCUUGGUCCCACUCCAGUCAUUGCUGAGAUGAGAAUGGAGUAAGGGACUCAAAUGGAGUAAGGGGCUUGUCUAGCAUCUCACUGCCUGUGAAUGGCAGGGCCAGGAGUAGAGGUCAAGUUUCUGGACUCCUGUCCCAGAGUUCUUUCCAGGUAAACAUCACCACCAUUCUCCUUCUUGCCCCUCUGUUUUCCUGGGAUCUGCUAAGCAGUUUUUCCUGGGCAAGUAUUAAGUAUUUCUUAAAUAAGUUAUAUUCUUCCUAACCCCACCCGCCAGGUGUCCCCCAGAAGUCCUUCAGGCAGCCAGGGAAGGGUUAACUUUUGUUGGACUGGAAGCCUGAGCUAAGGACAGACUGUCCAUUGUGCGCCCGCCCCCUCUGGAGGAGUCACUGACUGUUGGAAUGUGACAAGGCAAAACGUUUUCACCUUGCGUGGCUUCCCCUCCUCUGUGGGUGUGUGAGUGAAUGCGUGUGCCCACACAUGCAUGUUGGCAGAGGCGCACCACAAGAGGACUCGCAGUUGUUUCCCAGACUGACUGCAAAAUCGAACUGUGAAUUUGGGGUGGCAGUUGCAGAUCUGAUCUCUUCUGAACACCUCACCGUGUCUGCAUCCCUGGGACUGUGAAUCCAGCAGCUGGACCACUUUGUCCUUGGAAUUUUGGGUAUCCUCUCUUCUCACCUUUCCCUUUUCCCGUUUUCCCUUCCCCCUCCUGAGAACUCCUGAAGACUGUAGGAUUGUCAUGGAGUCCAGGGAAAUCUUAAGCACCUCCCGGCAAAGAGGGAGCGAGUCGGAAUUCCUGCCGGUCUCUUCAGCCAAGCCCCCCACUGCUCCUGGCUGUGCAGGAGAACCUUUGCUCUCUGCUCCAGGAACUGGGAAGGGGAUCCCAGUGGGCGGAGAACGCAUGGAGCCAGAGGAGGAGGAUGAACUGGGCUCAGGACGGGAUGUGGAUUCCAACUCCAAUGCAGACAGUGAGAAAUGGGUGGCAGGAGACGGCCUGGAAGAACAGGAGUUCUCUAUCAAGGAGGCAAACUUCACAGAGGGGAGUCUGAAGCUGAAGAUUCAGACUACAAAGCGGGCUAAGAAACCCCCAAAGAACCUGGAGAACUAUAUAUGCCCACCUGAGAUCAAGAUCACCAUCAAGCAGUCUGGGGACCAGAAGGUGUCCCGCGCUGGGAAAAAUAGCAAAGCCACAAAGGAGGAGGAAAGAAGUCACUCCAAAAAGAAGCUCCUCACAGCCAGUGACCUUGCAGCCAGCGACCUCAAAGGAUUUCAGCCACAGGCUUACGAGCGGCCGCAGAAACACUCAGCUCUCCAUUAUGACCCAGGCCUCCCGCAGGACUUCACCGGUGACACCUUAAAACCAAAGCACCAGCAAAAAAGCAGCAGCCAGAACCACAUGGACUGGUCCACCAACUCUGACAGUGGACCUGCCACUCAGAAUUGCUUCAUCAGUCCAGAGUCUGGCAGAGAAACUGCAAGCACCAGCAAGAUCCCAGCUCUUGAGCCCGUGGCUUCCUUUGCAAAGGCCCAGGGUAAGAAGGGCAGUGCAGGGAGCACAUGGAGUCAGUUGUCCAACAGCAGCAAAGAUCUGCUCUUGGGAGGUGUGGUUCCAUCCCCAAGCAACCACAGCUCACCAGCCCCACCCAGCAGCUCUGCUGAGUGCAAUGGGCUUCAGCCUUUGGUAGAUCAAGAUGGAGGAGGUGCGAAGGAGCCCCCAGAACCACCUACUAUAGGCAGCAAGAAAAAGUCCAAUAAAAAAGAUGUGAUGAGUCAAACCAUACCAAACCCAGACCUGGACUGGGUCAAGAAUGCCCAGAAAGCAUUUGACAAUACAGAAGGGAAAAGGGAAGGCUACUCUGCAGAUAAUGCCCAAGAGGCAUCACCAGCCAGGCAGAAUGUGAGUUCUGUCAGUAAUCCUGAAAAUGACUCAAGUCAUGUCCGGAUUACUAUCCCUAUCAAGGCACCCUGUCUAGAUCCAACUAACCAUAAGAGGAAAAAGAGACAGUCCAUCAAAGCAGUGGUGGAAAAGAUUAUGCCAGAGAAAGCCCUGGCUUCUGGAAUCACUAUGAGCAGUGAAGUAGUUAAUAGGAUACUUUCCAACCCUGAGGGAAAUAAGAAAGAUCCCCGGGUCCCAAAGUUGGGUAAAAUGAUAGAGAAUGAGUCCCCUUCAGUUGGCCUUGAAACUGGUGGAAAUGCUGAGAAAGUUGUCCCAGGAGGUGUGUCUAAACAGCGGAAGCCACCCAUGGUCAUGACGCCUCCAACAUGCGCAGAUCACUCUCCAUCAAGAAAGCUGCCAGAAUUCCAACAUCCAAAAUUCGCUGCAAAACGGAGGUGGACGUGCAGCAAACCAAAACCCACUAGUAUGCUUCGAGAGGCAGUCCUGGCCACCUCCGAUAAAUUGAUGGUGGAGCCACCGUCUGCUUAUCCCAUCACCCCAUCCAGCCCUCUGUACACCAACACAGACAGUCUUACUGUGAUCACACCAGUCAAAAAGAAGCGGGGACGACCAAAGAAGCAGCCUUUGCUCACGGUUGAGACGAUUCAUGAGGGGACUUCCACCAGUCCAGUCAGUCCCAUCAGCCGGGAGUUUCCUGGCACCAAGAAAAGAAAGAGACGACGCAGUUUAGCUAAGUUGGCCCAGCUAGUGCCAGGAGAGGACAAACCCAUAAGCGAGAUGAAAUUCCACAAAAAAGUUGGAAAGCUUGGGGUGUUGGAUAAGAAGACCAUCAAAACUAUCAAUAAGAUGAAAACACUCAAGAGGAAAAAUAUCUUGAACCAGAUCUUGUCCUGCUCCAGCAACAUUGCUCUGAAGGCUAAAGCUCCCCCAGAGACCAGCCCUGGGGCAGCAGCAAUUGAGAGCAAAUUGGGCAAGCAGAUUAACGUCAGCAAGAGGGGAACCAUCUACAUUGGCAAGAAGAGGGGCAGGAAGCCAAGAGCAGAGCUGCCACCCCCAUCCGAAGAACCCAAAACAGCCAUCAAGCACCCAAGGCCUGUUUCUAGCCAGCCGGAUGUUCCAGCCGUGCCUUCCAACUUUCAGUCACUUGUGGCAUCUUCACCAGCAGCUAUGCACCCACUUUCAACACAGUUAGGUGGGUCAAAUGGCAACCUGAGCCCCGCCAGCACUGAAACCAAUUUUUCAGAGUUAAAAACUAUGCCAAAUCUCCAGCCCAUCAGUGCUCUUCCAACCAAAACCCAAAAGGGAAUACAUAGUGGAACCUGGAAGCUGUCUCCACCCAGGCUGAUGGCCAACUCACCUUCACACCUUUGCGAGAUUGGGUCACUCAAGGAAAUAACACUGUCCCCUGUGAGCGAGUCGCACAGUGAGGAGACGAUCCCGAGCGACAGUGGCAUUGGGACAGACAACAACAGCACAUCUGACCAAGCAGAGAAGAGUUCAGAAUCCCGACGGAGGUACUCUUUUGAUUUCUGCUCCCUGGACAACCCAGAGGCCAUUCCGUCCGACACCAGCACAAAGAACCGUCAUGGCCACCGGCAGAAGCAUCUUAUCGUGGACAACUUUCUGGCCCAUGAAAGCCUCAAGAAGCCAAAGCACAAGAGGAAACGGAAAAGCCUGCAAAACCGUGAUGAUCUCCAGUUUCUGGCAGACCUGGAAGAGCUCAUCACCAAGUUCCAGGUGUUCAGGAUCUCCCACCGGAGUUACACCUUUUACCAUGAGAAUCCGUAUCCCAGCAUUUUUCGGAUUAAUUUUGAUCACUAUUACCCGGUGCCAUAUAUCCAGUAUGACCCGUUGCUCUAUCUUCGUAGGACUUCAGACUUGAAGUCGAAGAAGAAGCGUGGUAGGCCUGCAAAAACCAAUGACACCAUGACAAAGGUGCCUUUUUUACAAGGGUUCAGCUACCCUAUUCCCAGUGGAAGUUACUAUGCACCCUAUGGAAUGCCUUACACAUCAAUGCCUAUGAUGAACCUUGGUUAUUACAGUCAGUACCCAGCUCCUUUGUACCUAUCGCACACACUCGGAGCAGCUUCCCCAUUCAUGAGGCCAACAGUGCCACCACCUCAGUUCCACACAAGCUCCCACGUGAAGAUGUCUGGUACAGCUAAGCAUAAAGCAAAGCAUGGAGUCCACCUGCAGGGCCCUGUAGGCAUGAGCCUCAGUGACAUGCAGCCAUCCCUGAAUCCUCCCAAGGUGGGCAGUGCCAGUCUGUCCAGCGGUCGGCUCCACAAGAGGAAACACAAACACAAGCAUAAGCACAAGGAAGACCGGAUCCUGGGGACCCACGACAACCUGAGCGGUCUCUUUGCAGGCAAAGCCACAGGCUUCUCCAGCCACAUCCUGAGUGAACGGCUGAGCAGUGUAGACAAGGAGCUCCCGUUGGUGAGUGAGAAAAACAAGCAUAAGGAGAAGCAGAAGCACCAGCACAGUGAAGCCGCCCACAAAGCUUCCAAGAGUAACUUUGAGGUGGACACCCUGUCUACACUGUCACUUUCUGAUGCCCAGCAUUGGACGCAGGCCAAGGACAAAGGUGACUUGAGCAGUGAGCCUGCAGACUCAUGCACGAAAAGAUACUCUGGCAGUGGCAGUGACAGUGGCAGCACAAGACCAGAGAGCCUGGACGUGUUCAGUGAAAUGAACGCUUCAAAUGACAAGUGGGACAGUGACGUGAGUGGGAGUAAAAGGAGGAGCUACGAAGGCUUUGGGACAUACAGGGAAAAGGACAUCCAAGCCUUCAAGAUGAACCGCAAGGAGAGAAGUUCUUACGAUUCCUCCAUGUCUCCAGGAAUGCCAAGUCCCCACUUAAAAGUGGACCAGACAGCAACGCAUGGUAAGAACGAGGGUUCAGCGUCCACCAUGAUGACCAGGAAGAAGCCAGCCACAGUUGACAGUGUUGCAAUUCCACCAACCCCAGUGUUAUCUCUCCUUGCUGCAUCUGCAGCAACAUCGGACACAGCCAGCUGCGCCCUGAAGAAGCGAUUCAAGCGGCGUGAGAUCGAAGCCAUCCAGUGCGAGGUGCGGAAGAUGUGCAACUACACCAAGAUUCUGUCCACCAAGAAGAACCUGGACCACGUGAACAAGAUCCUGAAGGCCAAGCGGCUGCAGAGACAAUCAAAGACAGGCAACAACUUCGUCAAGAAGAGGAGAGGGCGUCCCCGAAAGCAGCCUUCCCAGUUCGAUGAGGACUCCAGAGACCAAAUGCCGGUGCUGGAAAAAUGCAUCGACCUUCCCAGCAAAAGGGGUCAGAAGCCGAGCCUGAGCCCGCUUGUCUUGGAGCCCGCCGCCAGCCAAGACACCAUCAUGGCCACCAUCGAAGCGGUCAUCCACAUGGCCCGGGAGGCGCCGCCCCUGCCUCCGCCACCGCCCCCUCCGCUCCCGCCCCCGCCGCCGCCGCCGCCACCCCCGCCCCCUCCUCUGCCCAAGACCCCACGAGGAGGCGGAAAGAGGAAACACAAACCUCAGCCUCCUGCUCAGCCCCCGCAGCAGCCUCCCCCGCAGCAGCCCCUUCCCCAGGAAGAGGAGGUGAAGGCCAAAAGGCAGAGGAAGUCCCGAGGGAGUGAGAGCGAUGUCCUUCCCUAGGGUGGGUCCGGGCGUCUGAACCUGGGGCUGGGGGAACUGACACAUUGGAAGUGCAGUGAGCCGGGGUAGGGGCAGAAUCCCCCGCUGCAGGGACACUGAUGCCCUUCUCUCCAGAAGCUGGGCAGGCAGAAUCGGGCCAGAUGAUGGGGUUGAGCCAUCAGUAGCUCUCGGGAAAGCAAAGCAGGGUGACGCCUUCAAAAGAAGUUUGUCUGUGCUUCCCAGCAGUUCCCAACCAAGCGGCACUUCAGUAUGGCUAGAUCCUUUAAGGGCAAGCAGAAGACCCAUCAAGGAGGAGAAAAGCCGGGGGUGCUCUCUGACAGCCACCUGAUCUCCCGCAUCCAAGGUGUGCCCUUGAUUCCACUGCGUUUGCUGGCCAGGAAAAAUGGAAAGGGAAACACCCUCAAUUAGGAAACAUUCCAAGGGGAGAAAAGCUGCAAAUUUCUCAACGGGCUUUGUUGUAAUCCGCUUCCAUUUCAUUGGUUUAUAUUUCUUUUGGUUUUUCAAGCUCGGCUAGGCUUUGGGGCACCAACAUCAUCUUCAGGUGACCUGAAUCUUUCCGUUAACGAUACAGUUUCUCAGAUGGACUCAUGUCAUCAGAAGGUGGAAUUUUAGUGAUAGGCAACCUUAGACAUCCAACUUAUUCGUAUGCCUCCUCCAUCACACAUACGCUGAUACUUAGCAUCCUCUGUUCCUACUUUUCUUUUGUCCAUUGUACUUCCAUGUACCUUUUCAUUAACUUACUUGCUGCCUUCUUUUCCUUGGUACACACCUAAAUAAUGUAAACCUUAUCUGUGUUGUAACGUUCACCUUGGCAUGCUGUCCCAAGGAACUUGGCUUUGAAUCCCAAUCAUUGUGAAACAGAUACUCAGUAUUGAUAGAGCCUUUUUAAUAAGUGAUUUAGAGCAGCCGAGGAUAUGUUGACCCAGGUGUCAACCAGGUUAUUUUUAUACUUACAACGUAUCAGCAGAGAAUAGACAGAAUAAAAUGAUUUUAAUAACCCACAGCAAAUGGAAUAACUGACAAAUCACCAAAAACUGAAACCCAGACCCACCAGAAAGACAAGUGUCUAGCAAUGCCUUGGUAUGUGAUUUUUUUUUCAUACAAAUAACUGUCAUAGGUCGUUGAAAAAAAGAAAAAAAAACAAUAGAAGUCCAUUAUCUCUUGAUAAUUAUUUCUUAAAAGCAAAUGGGAGUAAGUGUUCUUAUCUGAAAAAAAAAAUGAAAAUGUUUAAAGGGUAUCACCACUCCAAUUGUAUCAAGCCACCUUGGACAAAGUAUCCAAACUGUGGUUGCCUUAAUAAACUAAAACAUUUUUGUACAUAAUGUAAUUAUAAAUCUAUCAGUCUGCAUGGAUGCAAACUGUGUGUGACAAAUCGUCUUUUAAAUGGUCAAUUUCAACUGUACAUUUCUCAUCCAAUUUGUACUGUAGCCAUUGGUUUAGCGUGGACAGAUAUUCCAUUCUCUAUUAUCCAUUUCCACAGCUCGAGCAAACCAUGUUAAGAAGACUCAGAAUGAAUACGAAGUUAUUCCAUUGCCGUAGAUGUUUUCUGAAAGUCAGAUGUGGAAAUUCCAAAUAAACAUUUUCAAUUUCCUCCCUCCCUCCUCCCCUUACCUUUCCCAAGACGUCAAACACCUGGCAUGGUAGAUUAUAAAAAGAGAGACACUGAGAGACAGAAUUAAAUUUUCUAAUGGGGAUUAGAAUAUCUGGUUUACUUCCAAAUUAAGUUUCUUUACAGGAAGCUGGGACCAGCUGGAAAUUGUAUUAUAUCACUUCAGAACACAGCAUUGUAUCCUUAGAGAGAGAUGGAUUUUUGGUGGGAACAUAAGAGAAUAGGGAUGGGAUGUCUAUGGGAGUGAAUUUUAAAAUCCCAAGUUGAUAUGCUUGCAAACAUCACUGCUCUGUCAUGACACUACCAGUUGGUUGAAAUUACCCACAGAGCACUGUCACCAUGGACUUCACACCAUUUGCUGCCAACUAGGUCAGUCACAUUUAAUCCUAGCAAUAUGUAAGUUUAAAGGAAUGCAUUCUCCUAUACUUUAAAGCUUAUAUCAUAGAUACUCAGUUUGUGACCUAGGUUGACCUUUGGCAUUUCACACAAGUUGAACAGCAAAAUCAAACCAGCCACUUUCAAUUUGUCAUUCCCAAGCCAUGUCUGAGUGGUUCCAAAGUCACCCAAGAGGAAGGUUUAAAUUAGCCCUACUCACCCCCUGAGUGCGACCAUUUUCAUUCCGAUUAAGCCAUAAAAAGGGUUCUCGCCUGUUGGACUUUGAAAAUCAUUUCCGUCUUUCUUUUGCCCUUCUUUCUUCCAGUGUUGUCCUGUUUCCCCAACCGAGUCUGUGAGCAGACUAAAUCUUCCUGCAGAGAAGAAUGAGCUGGUACUCUCUAACCUUCUUAAAGAAGGACCCAAAGCUUAAUUGGCAUUAACCUCUAGUAGGUGAGAAAUUUCAAAUAACUUUAGGAUAGAUUAGAAUUUCCAAACAGGAGAGAUACAGCAGAGUUGUGACUUAUACAUAAUUUCAGUUCUACAGUUGUCGUAUGAGUUAAAUGCAAAACCUCUACAUGUGUGACCCUGAGAAUAGAUUGGAAAACUGCAGAGGACCAAAACUGAGACAUGCUAAACAGCUGUUUGAAGAUGAAAGGCAGUCCAGUCAUCUGCACAGCUUCCUCUCUCCCCUACCCAGCUCUUCUCUCAGUACCAUAUUACUUUUUUUUGGUUUUGCUUUCCAUUAACCUAACUCAUCUCAUUGGUACGACUGUUUUCUUAUUUUCUAAGUGCCCCAUUUCUCUUAGCCUCUCCUCUUCCAUCCAGGCUCAACAUUGGGCCAGUCUAGCUUCACAUCUGGUUGGUUGCAGAACGAGAAUGAGAAUUUAGCUCUCCUGACCUGGAUUGUGGAGGUCUUUAGCCAGCUAACACUGCCUUCUGUGGCUGCAUUUUUAUGUAGAGAGGAAGUCAUCUGGGAUGGCCAAGACUCCAUAAACAGCUCCACGAAAUAUUUCAUAAUGAGAGAAACGUUUUUUCUUUCUUUCUUUCUUUUCUGGAAUACUUGCCUUCAACAAGCAGGCAUGAACCCCUUUGUAAUAUAGGGAGUCGGAUUAGGGGUGAACAAAGGAUGAAAUCGAGAUAUAAAAGCCUGUUCAAGGGUGAGGAUAGAUCUCUGAUCCACCUUCCCAAGUGGCUGCAGGGCCACUUGCUUUUCAACCCUUUAUCUCAAAUAAGAGGAACAGAAGUUUGACUUCCUCUAAUGGCCUGACUCUGGCUACAACCCAAGGAAGACAGGUCAGUGGAAAGGAGAGCCUGUCAGGGGCUGGUUUGUGACUUGGCAGGACCAGGACUCAACAGCCACUGACAGCCCAGAGUAGGUGACUAAGGGCUGACAGAGGAUUAGCAUGUUAACUUGGCUGCUCUCCGGAGCGGGAGGCCAUGUUCCAUGUUCGAUGGCAGUGAGAAUUUGUGUUCAGCGUGUUGCUGGGUCUAUAAAUAUGAUAAGCAAGUGGUGACAGAAUUAUAGUAUAAGGUGAUGUACUACAUGCAGAUCAUAAAGGAUUUGGUUUUAGGACUUAAGUAGAAAAUCCCCCUCCUACAGCUUAUUACCCAACAAUAUUCAGAUAAUGAGCUUUUGGAGAAUAUUUUUUCCCUACCACUAGGAAGAUUUACCUGGGAACUGUCUAAAGUCUAUACAUAUAUUUCCAAAGCCUUUAAAUGCCAACUGUAGCAUGGAGAGAGGGGGUGGCAGAAGCCGAAAUGCCUCAAAAGCCAUUUAAGUGUUACAUUACAGAAUUUUCAGUCCUUCUCAUUAUGUAAAAGUAGAUAAAUAUAGACAUUAUUCUCAACACUACCCUAUAGUAUCACAAUGGUCCAAAUGCCAGAGCUUACACAUAAUGUCAUCACAGUGCCUAGAAACGCAAACUGUAAUAUACCGUAGCAUUUUCUUGGUGUUUUUUAAAGUUUCUUUCCACAAUACAAGGCUCCCCCUGCCUCUUGUUUCUUGGAGAGUUCACCCCACCAAUGAGUCUUCCUUCCUUGUUGGACUCAGUCACUUGGGGAACAGUCUUUGAAGCACAUAUCAACCAAGGAAGAAACUUCCUGGAUAUCUAUUGCCCAUUUGCCCAGGUAUAAUAAACACUAAAGGGGGGGAAAAUUGAAAAAAGCUGCCGCUGAUCAACACAGAAGGGCAGUUCCAACCUCGGUUGGUGUCUUUCUUUUUCUUCCUUUUUUAAAAAAUCUAUUUCUUAAAUAAUAAUAAAUGCACAUGAUGUGUUAAAUAUGUAUAUAUAUAUUUCAAAAGAAAAAAAUGGGGCACAAGAUUGUCUUACAAGUCGUGCUGGCUAAUUUUUAGUUUGUAUUCAUAAGUGGUUUUUAAAAGCCUUUUUUAAAGUGUAAUUUGCAUGUUCUACUUUGAUUGUAUGUAAACAUAUUUUAGAACAAAAAUGUAUUUGUAUUUUAUUGAAUAUAGAAGCAAGAAAAAUUGUACAUUGUUUGAAAUGUUCUUUUUGUAACAGUUUUUAUUCAUAAAGCAUUUUUGUACAUUUAAAAUGAACAUGGACUUGCUGUUAUUUGAGGCGUAGAUACAUCUGGCAUGCUUUACUGUCAUGCUCCUCCAUGGUCUUAGAUGUUGGGUUUUAAACAUUUUUUCUAAAAGAAAGCUCAGUCUUUUUCGCUACCAGAUCAGGUUAGCACAGUAUAGAGCACUUAACUAUUAAAAAAAAAAGUUAAUCCUAUUCAUAUGUUAUUCAUUGUGUGAAAUUAAAGACAUUCAAUUCAGUCUA